GUGGAGACUCCUUCGUCUGUGAAUAAAACGUUUACUUGUUUGCGCCCACCCCAUGCUCGCUUCCGAGUUGUAAAUGGUCUUACCGCUGUAGAUUGGAUUUCCUCCUUUAUCUUACGUUAUCUAUGAACAUUUCGAUGAAACACCACUAACUGCUCGUCUGUAAAUCAGGCGCUAUUGUUUUGUGUUACUGAAGAAUAAUGUCGAUGAUUCGCUUCCGCUGUGGAGCAGCGAAAUGGGUUCGUCCUCAGUCCACUGUCUGCUCAAAGAGGUUAUCGUCUGCAGCUGUCUCAGUGAGCCAGCCCCAAUAUCCUCCUAUAGUUGAGGAAACCCCUCUUGCUCAAAAAUUGCGUCGAAAAAAGGUAUGGCACGACUGGCUGAAAAGUCAUGACACAAUAGAAGAAAAACUGUUUGAACUGAACAUGCCAAAGUAUUAUGGUUGGAACUCUGUAAUACUUCGUGAUGAUGCAGUCCCCUACAAUUUCUUACCUUGGGCCCAAUUUUCUACCCGAACUCAUGUUGAAGUGAGUGAUAAUAUUAACCAGCUCUAUUCAGAUUCUUCACUUGACAGUAAAGCUUCAGAGCUUGCCUCUGAGCUAAAAUCUGAAGUAGAAAAUGUCAUACUUUUUGAAUGGAUUGAUAUGCAGAGACGACACGAUUUGGACUUCACUACUGCUGGAACUUUGUCUGAUUCAGAAGUUUCUGAUCUACGUACUAGAAGUUUUGUGAAACAUCUGAGUCAUGUUUUAAUUACUGGAGCAAUUGACAGAGCUAAGCAUCUCAAUAUGGUAACUGCAGUUCCUGACCCCCGUAUAGAUGCUUUUUGGUUUCUUGGCGGAAUAAAUCCAUCUUUAGAAAAGAUUGAAGAGAGAAAAAGGCGGACCAAAAUGACAAACAAAAAUGUGAAGAAACAGUUUCUAGAUCCAUCUUUAGUUCAUAAACCUGUUAAUGAGCCUAUUCAGUUUUAUGGUAAACCUAUCUUACAAGUUCAGACAAGACAUCCACUUCCUCCAGUUGAAAACUUGACUGAUUGUGAUCCACGAGCUGCUGGAAUUCCUCAUAUACCUUAUGAACCUCCUGUAAUUUACCUUGAAAAGGAAUAUCGUCGUGCUACUACAGUGCCAGGGUUCUGGCCUGGUGAACAACAUUCAUUUGGGAUGAUGUCAUUCCAUUCCACCAACUUCCUGGACUCCAGAUCUUUUGGACCAAAUGAUAAUCUAGAGGCUGCACACAGCAUUGCCAUUUUAUCCUCAUUUUCUUGGCUCCUUGGUCAGGCUUGUUAUCAAGGUUUUUCAACAUUCCAUGAUGUGACCUAUCCCUUGCUAACUCAGACAGCACUGACAAAUGGGAAAGACUGGUCAUUUUACCUUUACCAGCUCAAUACAACACUUCUGCAUACAAUGAACUCAACUGAGAAUCCCCGAUGCAAUUUAUGCUGGGGUUCUAAACCUAUGAAAUUGUUUGAGGAUGUACAAGAUGGACGCGUAAUAG